AUGAAAAAGUCACAGGUUCUUACAGUGAUUUUACUUAUGGUUUUGGUCGAGUCAGGCCUAGUCAAAGUGACUAUGGCACACCCAUGCGGCCGAACUUUUUUGUCGGCGUUGAUUCAACUCGUGCCCUGUAGACCAUCAGUGGCGCCGUUUAGCACAUUGUCUCCAAACAAGCUAUGUUGCGCUGCCAUCAGGAUGCUUGGUCAGCCUUGUCUAUGCGUUCUUGCCAAGGGACCACCUAUCUCUGGCGUUGACCGCGCUCUCGCGCUCCAGAUACCUGGAAAAUGCUCUGCCAAUUUCCCUCCAUGUAACUAA